AAAGAUGAAUUGAUUAAAAAAAAAUUUACGAAAGAAAAAUAAAGACAGGAGAGGAAUGUGGUGAAAUCAAUACAGUCGCGGAUUUUUCCUCUCCUUGAAAAUUCCAAAAUCCCUCCACCCCUUUCAAACACUACAAAAUACCUCCACCUACAAAUUCCCAAAAAAAAAAAAAAAAAUUUCAAAUAUAUUCAACCCCUCAUUUGAUUUCCCUGUCGGUUUUGGUAAAGAUUUUACUGUAUAUCAAACGGAUCAUCUGGGUAUCAUUAAUUUGCUUAUUUUUUUCUCGCCCUCUGCAAUCUGCAUGUUUCAAUCAUCAAUUAGACGAAGUACUGCGCCAAAAAUCCGUUUCUGUUGUACUUCAACGCAGUGUAGAUACAUAUGCGUAGAUGUAUGGAAGGGAAUGAGGAGACAAGUUCCUACAAGGAUCAUUACAAAGUUUUGGAGGUAGAUUAUGACGCAACUGAUGAGAAGAUCAGAUUAAAUUACAGGAGGCUUGCACUGAUGUGGCAUCCUGACAAACACAAAGGUGACAAGGCUGUUACCGCAAAGUUUCAACAGAUCAAUGAGGCUUACACUGUGUUAAGUGACCCUGCCAAGCGACUGGACUAUGAUAUAACUGGAAACUAUGAGAUUAACAAGUACACUUUACCUGAGUAUCUAACCAGGUUUAAAGGCAUGAUUCUUACCUGCAACGGGCUUGGUUUGGGUCACACAUCAAUUUGGUCACAACAACUGGUGGAAUACAAGGAGUGCCCUGAUAAAUAAGGUCUGGAUAUCUCAUCCCGUUUUUGUUUACUAGUCACGUUCUCAUUCAUUUGCCCAGUUUCAUGCAUGCGGGUGAUGGUGGAUGCAGAAGCUGUGUUUAAUGCCAUCAAGGGUGGUGUUGUAUAGUAGGGAACCUAUAUUUAGGUAUACUACAUCUAAAAUUCGAGAAAAUUAGAAAGAUCGAUCACAUGAAUUGCUUCUUAGACUCUUGGCUCACGAGUCUGUGCGUUUAUAUAGUUCCUCAUGUUUUGAGAUGGCUUGAGGCUACGGGUAGUUUUCAUUUUACCGCCCAUCAAUAUGAUAGAACUGCACAAAAAUUGUAAGGUUGUAGACGAGCCGAAAUUGGCACAUUCAAGGCCUUGUUUUGACUCUCUUUUUUCUUUCGGAAAAGUCGCCUUUUUUGACUUGUAUCGUUCAAUUUGAAUGAGUUGACAAGCUACUUGUAUAGUUGUAUGUUACUAUUAAAGUCUGAAUGUCUUCGGG